UCAAAACAAACCGAAAAUCUGAAGCUAGUUAAUAAGCUAGCUAAAGCCAGUAAAACGACACGGAAAGUAUUUUGAAUGCUUGCUAAUUCAACAGAGAAACAAAGAAACCGUUAUGUAAGUCAGAUGUUGAUCCGUCUUCUAUAAAAUAUCCGUUACUUUGAAAAUUUUGCUAAUAUCUUAGCUAGCUGUAGAAAAUGCCUUACUGGAUCUGCUGUAACUCCUGCUUCAACCUCCCUGGUCCUGAAUGCCAACUAGCUGUUGCCAGCUGUGGUCAUGUCAUCUGCAACGUGUGUUUUCAGAAAGGCAAACAAGGUGAAUGCAUGAUAUGUAAAGCAAAAUGUCAAGUUACUCCUCUCUCAGACAAAAGUAGUGCAGAAGUGAAGGCCCUCUUCUCUGACGUCAAUUCUGUUGCAACCAAACACUUCACAGAGAUAAGCAAGGUGUUACUAUUCCAGGCAAGGCACCAAAAGAGGCUGUUGGUGCAUUACCAGAAGAGGAAUGAAAAGUUAGAAGAAGUUUUACUCAAGAUGAAGCAAGAAAUUCAGCAAAUGUCCAAAACAAUUACAGCGCAGAAUGCAUAUAUUGCCAAGCUGGAGAGCACUCUUCAGCAUCAAAGGGCAGAAAACAUUGAAGUGGAUGGCAGGGGUCUGUUUAGGAAACCGGAGAUCUCUGGAAGUGUCCAAAGGCUGUCCAUCAGUCCUCCACAGGAUGGCUGUGUAAUAAACAUGAAGGGAGACAGAGAGUUGGUUUCAAGCACAGGGCGCAGCAGGUGUUUAUUGCAAAGGACUACAGGAGGAGGCAGGUAGCUGGGUCCAGGGGCAGACAGGUGGUCAUACACAGGGGGUCCAAAAUGGCAACAGUACAGGCAGAGAAAAGGCUAGUAACAUAGUCAACCAGAUCAGGCACUAGGUAGAUAACAGGAAAUCCGAUAAGCUAAAGUAAAGGCAGGGAAUAGGCAAAAGGCGUUGUUAGUGAGGCAGGCAAAAACUAUCAUACACAGGAUGUGUAAAUCACAGGAAACCCAGUGCUCUGAAAGAUGUGUGUCACAAAAUAAACAAUAUCUCACAGUGAUGGGGUGCA